AGAUCUCUCGGGCCAAUCGGGAGGCUGGGCUAGCCGGAUCCUGGCUCUCUGAUUGGUGCGUUUGACUGGAGAGUCUGGGUUCAAAUUUUCAACGGUACUGAAUGAAUCCCGCGGCGGGUUUUCUGGGCGGUCGGUUGUCAGCGCCGAGGUGAGGGAGUAAACUGAGGCCUGUAAUCUAGAAACAUUUUGAGAAAAGGGUGAUAAACUGUAGCCCCGCCCUCAAGAAGGCAUUUAGCGGAGGAAAACAGCCACAGACAACUGCAUUUCAGAACAACUGUGUAAGUUGGAAAGACUUCAAGAUUUCAGAAGAGAGGUGAAAGAAUAUAUUGCAACUUUGAUUCAAGCUUCUAGAUAGGUGGACUGAGGACAAAUUAAACUAUGGUAGGUGACCGAUUGAGAAAAGUGACACAAACAUUGGGAAAAACCUGCUCUUCUAAACGAAGAGGGGUGGAAAAUGUCACACGUUACAACCUCUUAUUCCUAUGAUGCACCAAUGGACUUUAUCAAUUUUACAUCUUUGGAUGAUGAGGAAGAUACCCAAAACAUAGAUUCCUGGUUUGAGGAGAAGGCCAAUCUGGAGAAUAAAUUUCCUGGAAAGAAUGGUACAGGAGGGCUUUUUCAGGACAAAACUCCUCUGAGAAAGGCUAAUCUUCAGCAAGAUUUCACACCUUUGAGACCAGUUGACAACACAUAUAACAAAGAGGCAGAAAAAGAAAAUCUGGUGGACGAGUCCAUUUCAUCAAAUACUUAUUCUUCCAUAAAAAUUAAAGAAACCACAUCAAGAAAUAUUCCAGCUCAGCCUCAGAGAAGAUCUCUUAGACUCUCUGCUCAGAAGAAUUUGGUACAGAAAGAAAAACAUCAUGUAAAAAUGAAAGCCAAGAGAUGUGCUACUCCUGUAAUUAUCAAUGAAAUUCCACCCUCCAAAAAAAUGAAAGUUUCUAACAAUAAAAUGAAGCCAGAGGAAGAGGAAGAAGGCAGUGCUCAUCAAGAUAUUUCUGAAAAGAAUGAGUGUUCCCCAGAGAAAGCCAAGGGCAGACGCACUGGGCCUUGUAUCCCACCUAUAAGGCAGAAGGUUCUAAAAAGUACUGAGGAGCAAGAAUUGGAGAAGAGAAUGAAAAUGCAGCAAGAAGUGAUAGAGAUGCGGAAAAAGAAUGAAGAAUUCAAGAAAUUUGCUCUUGCAGGAGCAGGGCUCCCUGUGAAGAAAUCAGUGACCCAGGUAACCAAAUCAGUUGACUUCCACUUCCGCACAGAUGAGCGAAUCAAACAACAUCCUAAGAACCAGGAGGAGUAUAAGGAAGUGAACUUUACAUCGGAACUGCGAAAGCAUCCUCCCUCUCCUGCUCGAGUGUCAAAGGGAUGCACCAUUGUUAUGCCUUUCAACCUGUCCAAAGGAAAGAAAAGAACAUUUGAUGAGACAGCUUCUACAUAUGUUCCCCUUGCACAGCAGGUCGAAGCCUUUCAUAAGCGAACCCCUAACAGAUACCACUUGAGGAGCAAGAAGGAUGAUAGUACUCUGCUACCCUCCAAAUCUGUGGCCAAGAUAUGCAGAGACCCACAGACUCCUGUGCUACAAACCAAACAUCGUGCAAGGCCUGUGACCUGCAAAAGUACAGCGGAUCAGGAGGCCGAGGAGCUUGAGAAACUGCAGCAAUACAAAUUCAAAGCACAGGAACUUGAUCCCAGAAUUCUUGAAGGUGGGCCCAUCUUGCCCAAGAAACCACCUGUGAAGCCACCCACUCAGCCUAUUGGCUUUGAUUUGGAAAUUGAGAAAAGGAUCCAGGAGCGAGAGUCAAAGAAGAAAUCUGAGGAUGAACACUUUGAAUUUCAUUCCAGGCCUUGCCCUACUAAGAUCUUGGAAGAUGUUGUGGGUGUUCCUGAAAAGAAAGUACUUCCAGUCACUGUCCCCAAGUCACCAGCCUUUACUCUGAAGAACAGAAUCCGAAUGCCCUCCAAAGAAGAUGAGGAAGAGGAGGAGCCAGUAGUGAUAAGAGCUCAACCUGUGCCAUAUUUUGGAAUGCCUUUUAAGCCCCAAAUUCCAGUGGGGAGAACUGUGGAAAUAUGCCCCUUCUCUUUUGAUUCUCGAGACAAAAAACGUCAGUUACAGAAGGAGAAGAAAAUAAAAGAACUGCAGAAAGGGGAGGUGCCUAAGUUCAAGGCACUACCUUUGCCUCAUUUUGACACCGUUAACCUGCCAGAGAAGAAGGUGAAGAAUACAACCCAGGUUGAGCCUUUCUGCUUGGAGACUGACAGAAGAGGUGCUCUGAAGGCACAAACUUGGAAGCACCAGCUGGAGGAAGAACUAAAACAGCAGAAAGAAGCAGCUUGCUUCAAGGCUCGUCCAAACACCGUCAUCUCCCAGGAGCCCUUCGUUCCUAAGAUAGAGAAAAAAUCCCUUACUGAGGGCCUUUCUGGUUCUCUAGUCCAGGAAACUUUUCAGCUGGCCACUGAGAAGAGAGCCAGGGAGCGGCAGGAGCUGGAGAAGAGAAUGGCUGAGGUGGAAGCCCAGAAAGCUCAGCAGCUGGAGGAGGCCAGGCAACAGGAAGAGGAGCAGCAGAGGCAGGAACUGGCCAGGCUACGGAAAGAAUUGGUGCACAAGGCAAAUCCAAUACGCAAGUACCAGAGUGUGGAGGUCAAGUCAAGUGACCAGCCACUGACCAUGCCUGUAUCGCCCAAGUUUUCCACUCGAUUCCACUGCUGAACUUAGCUGCGAGCUGAUGCCACUUGGGAACCGGAGCUGCUCCUUCCAUCAAACCAGGAGGCUUCUUUGUCACGGGGGCAUGGAGAGAACCCAUUUCUCCAGGCUUUUCCCUACCCAUGACCCACAGAGUAUGCCGGACAAGUGUGGACUCCAGUUUCAUUGAAACUUGUUUUUCCUGUGUUAUUGUGGCUAAUAGUGAGACUCACCUUAUGUAUGUCUCAGCCGGACUCCGUGUAGUCAUUUCCUUUCAACCGUCAGUUGCCCUUUAAUAUGGGUCUUAACUCUGACUAGAAUUUAAAGCCCUUGCAUUAGUACAGUGUAAUUUCUAUUGCCCUUGCCCCUCCCCCCUUUCCUAUUUUAAUCAGAAAAUAAAGAUAGUUAAAUACUGAGAUAGGAUUUAUUAAGUCAUGGAUUAAAUGAAGAGCCAUCAGUAGUAUGUCA